AUGAGUCUGAAAAAAAUAGCAACACUGACUGUGCUGACUUUUGAUCAAUCGCCACCUACCCUGGGAACAUCAGACCUUUUAAAUGUCUCUACUUUGCCAAAAAUUAAUGAGCCAAGAAUAAGUACCAGAAGUUGGAACCUGCUCUCAGUUGUAUUCAAUGCCAUAGCCACGCUGGAGGAUGAGGAAAGAGAGAAAAGGAAUGAAACAGGAAAGCAAAGAUUGAUCAUUGUGAAUUUUCAUGGGACUACUGUUGCCCAGAAGCCUUCUGCAAAUGUAACUGUGCGAACUCUACCUGACUGUGCUCUUCCUCCUGCAUUCCCUCUGCCUGAGAGCCCACACAUCCUCUGCUUAAAGGCCAGGAAGAAGCUGGGACGAAGGCUGCUGUUUCCCUGCCCCGCCUGUGGGGCCGAGGCUCGGCUCGAGGAAAGCAGCCGCGCUGCGCUGAGGGGAGCUGGGCUGGCGGGAAGCUUUCGGAAGCCGCGUCGGGAGCGAGCCACGAGGCAGGGCCAGCGCGGGGUGCCUGAGGGUGAACGCAGCUCUGCGGCAGGGCUGGACAACACAGAGGCCUUCCCUCAGCUGAGAAAAGAGAAGCUGUCCCUCAGGUGGCAAGAGAGGAGCCUUCCUUCAGCUUUGAUGAGGAUUUCAUCCCAUUCUUACUCCAUGAUCCUUCAGACAGAACAAAUAAUUUAUGAACAGAAUGAAAUGAAAAUGCAUCCAGGAGUUUUAUAAUACAGUAAAAUGUACUAGAACUGGCAGGCUCAAAAAUAAAGGUAUGCAGACUAAGAUCCUUAAGUAUUAUGCUUAUGCUUUACUUUUCAGAGCAGGAAGCAAGUCUAAGUUGGUAGCUCGCUGGCUAAGAUGUCAGAAGGUCAGAUCACACAUUAGGAUUUGGGCUCAUCCCAAACGUUGACGCAAUACUGGAGGGGGAAGGGAAAGGAAAAAGCAUGUAAGAAUAAAAGAUGUCAUAUUCACCAGAAAACAUUGACUGGAAGCAUCAACCAUUUGACCAGGUAUAGGAAACUCCGCUGUGGAAUCCAUACAGUAUUUCUCUGUCUUCUGUUGCUAAAUAUUGAAGUAGGCUGGUAAUGAGAACCUGGUCUGGUGAAAACAACUCCACUUAUCAACCCUAAAAAUAUACCCUUAAUAUUAAUUUAAUUUUAAUUAAAUAUGAUUCUGUAUAUGUUCCCAUCUGAAAAACAACAGAGAACCUGAGGCUAUAAUUCUGUGAGUGCCACUGGGCUCAGUGUGUUCUCUUGAAAAAUUAUGCGCCAUUGUAGUUAAGGUAAAGCUGCAGGAUCUUCUAGAAUGCUUAGAUAUUCCAAAUCUGCACUUCAUCUUGCUUUUUUAUUACAUCACAACUUUGCCCAGUUGAGUUUUUGCCAGCUUUAGCCUUUCACAUAUGAACUACAGCUGCUGGAUGCAACAGGAAAUGAAGCGUAACAACUGGCAUCAAUAACUCGUUUCUGAGUUGCAGCGCAGCCUCAGUUUGUCUGUCAUUGCUGUUAUUUUCCAAAAG